UAAUGGCGAUAAAUCAUUGGGUGUCUGUCUUUUUCUUGCCACGUGGGUCAAACACUACCAAAUAAAACCUGUUGUUUUUAACCUUAAUUGAUGUUACUCAUUCUCAUUGUCGUAUAUGUUGCUUUGAUCUGAUAACCUGUGAUAUUGAGGGUUCAGAUCAAGGGGAUCAUCAUAUAUUGGUGUGUGUGAGAGUUAGAUAAGCUGGCGAAGUAUUUGAGACAUGGUGGGGGUGAUUCGGGAUGCUGGUCGUUUCAGGCGGCUGGUUCGGUGCCGGAAAUCGGUGGGCCGAGUGAGGAUCCGGUGGUAAUACAGAAAGGGAAGAAGCAGGGGGACCCUUUUGUGAUUACAGUGAACUGUCCUGAUAAAGCUGGGCUUGGUUGUGAUAUUUGUUGGAUUAUUCUUGAUUUUGGGCUCUAUAUUGUCAAAGGAGAUUUUACAACAGACGGAAUAUGGUGUUACAUAGUAUUAUGGGUGUUUCCUUACUCAACUUCACCUAUCGUAAGAUGGUCCAACAUCAAAGAACGCCUCUUAGCCGUAUGUCCCGCAUUUUCCGUAUCAGCUUAUUUAAACGAGACACCACCCAAACCCGAGGCUUCUCCAGUGUAUCUUCUCACAUUUUGCAGCACCGAUCGCAAGGGAUUAUUGAACGACGUGACUCGAGUUCUUUGUGAGCUCGAGCUUAUGAUCCAGAGAGUGAAAGUAACAACCACCCCCGAUGGUCGUGUCCUGGACCUUUUCUUUAUUACCGAUAACUUGUGAGGGGAGUUACUACAUACAAAAAAGAGGAGAGAUGACGCAUGCGAGAAAUUACAUGCGGUGUUAGGUGAAUCGUGUACAAGUGUCGAUAUCCGCUCGGCAGGUUACAAGAACGAUAGUGUCCCGCGUAUCUCUUCUCUUUCUCAGACGGCUGUUGCAGAAAUAUUUCGAUCGGAGUUAUCAGAAAAAGAAGAGCUUUCACAAGCUCUUAGUCCAGAUGUCAAAAGAUUAAAGCAUGCGACCGUCAUGAUUGAUAAUUCACUAAGCCCGGCGCAUUCACUCCUCCAAAUUAACUGCGUCGAUCACAAAGGUUUCCUUUAUGACAUCAUGCGCAUAUUAAAAGACUUUGAUAUACAGAUAGCUUAUGGGAGAUUCUCACCGGUUAACAAAGCGCAUCGUGACUUAGAUCUGUUUAUUCGUCAAAAGGACGGUUUGAAGAUUGUGAGUGUGGAGAAGCAAGAAGAACUGAUCUCUCGAUUGAAGCUGGAAAUGCUUCACCCGUUGCGUGUUAUUAUAACGAAUCGUGGACCGGAUACAGAACUUGUGGUUGCUAACCCUGUUGAGUUAUCUGGAAGGGGACGACCGAUGGUUUUCUAUGAUACGACACUUGCACUCAAGGUUCUUGGGAUAUGCGUCUUCUCGGCGGAGAUUGGAAGACAUUCGACAGAAAAUGGUGAAUGGGAAGUGUACCGGUUUCUUUUGGAGGAGAAUAGCAAAUAUAAAAUGGGAAGCAUGGUGGUUAAAAAUCAGAUUGUUGACAAAGUCCGAAGAGCGCUCAUGGGAUGGUGACUGCUGUUAGUUGCUGGCUACGAGUUUGUUUGCGAUAUGGCUAACUAUGUGUUAAUGGAUUAGUUGAUUAUAGCAGCACUUGUGUUUUGUCAUUUGACUUGUGACUAAUCUGACCUGAACAAUGGAAUUAAAGCUUGUGAAACAAUAUUGUCCUUGGGUCUUCCAUCUUUUGCCAUCUUUAGCACUCCAACUGCAACUUAUUUGUAUUUACAAAUGUAUGUUUUAAAUUCAACUUUUAUCUUUUUC